GCCCGCCCGUGGAGGCGACCCCGGAACCCCGCGCCGUUGAAGGGACCCCGAGUGAGCCCGAGCACCCUGUUGGAUUUGAGUGAAGCCCGAGGAGAACGGGGUAACUGGGGAGAGCAGCGGAGGGCAACGGAGCUGGCCCUGCACGCCCGGGCAGUCGUGGUGGCCAGGCGGCGAGUUGGGUGAGCGAGCGCGGAGUGAGCAAGCCGGGGGCGGAGUCGAGCCCCGGCUGAGCUCCCAGACCGGUGGGCCCGGGCCCCAGCCGGCCUGACCUCGGGUCUGAGCCGGGCGGCCCAGCCACAGAGGGACGGACAGAGCGAGGAGACAUGGCCACACCAUUCCUGCCCGCGGGGGCCACCACGGGCGACAGCGGUGGAGAGCUGAGCUCAGGCGACGACUCCGGGGAUGUGGAAUCCCCCCAGAACCCCGAGACGGAGGCGUCCAGGAACCUGGCGGAGCUGUUUGAGAAGGCUGCCGCGCACCUCCAGAGCCUGAUUCAGGUGGCCAGCAGAGAGCAGCUCUUAUACCUGUAUGCCAGGUACAAGCAGGUCAAAGUUGGAAAUUGCAAUACUCCUAAACCAGGCUUCUUUGAUUUUGAAGGAAAGCAAAAAUGGGAAGCGUGGAAAGCACUUGGUGACUUGAGCCCCAGUCAAGCAAUGCAGGAAUAUGUCGCAGUAGUUAAAACAUUAGAUCCAGGUUGGAAUCCUCAGAUACCAGAGAAGAAAGGAAAAGAGGCAAAUAGUGGUUUUGGCGGGCCAGUUGUUAGUUCUCUAUAUCAUGAAGAAACCAUCAGGGAAGAAGACAAAAACAUAUUUGAUUACUGCAGGGAAAACAACAUUGACCAUAUAACCAAAGCCAUCAAAUUGAAAAACAUGGAUGUGAAUACGAAAGAUGAAGAGGGCAGAGCUCUACUCCAUUGGGCAUGUGAUCGAGGACAUAAGGAAUUAGUCACAGUCUUGCUACAAUGUAAAGCUGACAUUAAUUGUCAGGAACCGGGGACAGCUGUCAGCCCUGAGGGUCUGUUGGGAAGAGAGAGAGCACGCCUGAAGCCCUGUUUAUUGAGGGGAAGACACUGGAGAAAGUUCCACCCAAAUGAGGGAUUGGGUUUCCGACCGGGUGAAGCCCCAUUCCAUGGGGCGACACCCACUCCCAGAGCUUCCUUCCCCUGCAGAUCGGAGGUGAGGUCCAUCUGCCCAAGGUCCACCUGCUCUCCGCUGGGAACUGAAGCCACUUGCACACCUUGGUUGCUCAAGGCUAAAUGUCGCGCUCGCGGUGCCCCCCCCAACAUGUGGAGGCUGAGAUUUGUCGUUUGAGACAGACCCCUUCCGCAAACCCGAAAUACUCUAAAGACUACAGAGGACGGUGGUAUCCAUUUUAGGAAUUCUGGCUUCCCACACAGACUCCGGAUUCCGAAAAUAAAACCAUCUGGGAGAAUAGU